AUGUCCCCUGCUUUUACACCCUUACCGCGUACUUCAGAGACGCUUUUUGGCCAUGGUUCGGAGGGCAUCGGGCUGGCGCCGAUGGAAGACACAGCGCCCACCAACCCACGGGAGUUCUACCAAACUCAUGAAAUCUUCCUCGCCUACCUUUUGGUCCCAUUCACCAUUGCCUUGGCCAUUUGCUCGAUAAAAGCUGAAGCUGAUGACACCAACGGAUGGAUGAGGUGGUCGAUACCGUUCCGCACGCCUGACAUCGCCGCCUUCUUCGCUACUCCUCUCACUCUCUUCUACCUCAUUGCCGCCAUCAUUUCCUCUCAUCGCCAGGCGAAGUUCUCUCCGAACUUAUCGCCAUCCGUAUUCGGGCGUAUUCAUGUCGUAUGCACGAGCGUUCUGGCGUUCCUUUGGUGGAUGUCCGCUUUGGACAAUGUGGAGAGGAUCGGGGACGUGCAUAGGACCCGGAUUCGCGAGUUGGGGUUCAAUCGACUGCGAGCACGUAUCGCUAUUCUAGCAGCUAUCCAGACGGUGUUCUUGCUGCUCAUAUGCGUCUCAUUCCUCCAUCAAAUGUGGAAGCGGCAACAUGAGAGUGGAAAUGGAUACAUUGGUCUUCGAAUUCAUAUGCCCCGGAUGGUCAACGAUACGGCAUACAUUGACUUCUCUCGUUCUUCAGUCGUCAAUAAGCUGAGAAUGGCUUCAAACCUUCAAGUUCACGAGGAGGGAGCGGAGGAGAGUGUUGCCGAUGACACUGAGAAACUUCUCAACAGCAGGGCGUCGCGGGAGGUGGACUCGACUUGA